AUGGACGAUAUUGAUCCAGAUGCACCUCCUCAGAGCAGCGACGACGAAGGAUUUGCGGAAUCCAUGAGGGGCGAUUUGACGAACUUACUUCAUCGUGGCAGACAGAGAGAACAAAGGUCAACUUCUCCCUCCAGAGAACACGGCAGCUCUCCAGGAACCGACAUCUCCACCAGCUCAUCUACAAGGCCGGCGACGCGGCAACAGAAGCGGUUGCGGGAUGAAAUUGAGGAUGAUCAAACUGAUCACGAAGGAAGCUCGAUCGUACAGCCUCCUCCAAAAAGGAUAACUACGGAAAAGAAGACGGUUCAGCAACAGUUGGGCAGUCAGCACCAGUCUAGCAUCUUCAGAUCCACGAAAGAGAUAUCGAAAAAAUUCGGCAAAAAGCACGGCUUUCAAAUACCCAGAGAUGCGAAACAGCCAGUAUCCAAAACCCCCAAGGUACUCAAAAUACCACCAGCAGCCGGCGAGAAUGGAAAGGCGGACGCUCCCAGGAUGAACUUUCGAAUCCCCGCUGCGAUACCUGAUUCCUCUCCAACCAACGUUUCCUCGGCAACGAAACUUCCCAAGGCAGGCUCUGGACGAUCUCGUAUACGGCCUGCAAGGUCGAAAUCUGACAAGGAAAAGAGGAAAGCUGAGGAAGAAGCCAAGAAGCGACAGCCGACUAUUCUACGAAUUCCAAAGGACUUUUCAUCUCCCUUCGAUUUGGACAAAGAGCUGGAAUCGGGAUUCGAAGAAGCAGACAUUACGCUACCUAUACUGCCAAGCUCACCCCUCAAAAGUUUCGACUCCGCUCCUGAGUCAAACCGGAAGCUCGUCUGCCCGAUGUGUGACGAGGAUGUCGACGAGUCCUUCUUCGAAACCCUUCGAGCGAGGCAAACUAGAAUGACUCUUCACCAAGAACAACAGUUCUGCCUGUCUCACAAGAGGAAAUCAGCCAAGGAAGAAUGGCAGAACAAGGGAUAUCCCGACAUCGAUUGGACUGUGCUGGACAAGCGGAUAAAGAAGCACCACUACUUUCUUCGCACCAUUCUCAACGGCGGUAAAUCCUACUACGCCAAUGCCCUCAAUGACAAGAUCAAGUCGGGUCAGAACAAGACUCUACUGAAAUCAGAGGGGAAUCUGACUCCUGGGUACUACGGCAUGCGCGGUCUGCGGCUUAUGUCGGAAUCCUUGGUCAAUGAGUUCUCUUCAGAAUUACGGAAGAGAGCGGUGCAAGAUCGCCUGGUUUCGAAGCGUGGCUAUAUGGUAUACGUGCAAUCCGUGUUGGUCCCAGAGUUGGCUGUGCGGCUUAUUAUGGAGGAUAUGUCUCAGGAAGGGACAGAGAAAGUGACAGAGGAACAGGCAAGGACUAUCAUGAAAGACAGCACAUGGGUAGGAGAGCUUUUGAACGAAGAAGAUGCAGACCACGUCUUGUAUGAGGACGAAGAAGACGAGGAAAGCCAAAAUGAUGAGAUGGGCCUCAGAGACGAAGACGAGGCUCAUCUCAGAUACGAGUAUGAAAGCAGGUUGAAAGACGAGGACGAGGAGAAGCCCAAGCGCGAGGUUAGAGAUGGUGAAAAAGGACAGGACGACGAGAUCAGGUCCAAUGGCAAGGAUGUCAUUCACAUCAAGGUUGAGAAGGAUGACGACAGUCAUUCAACAAUAUCUUCAAUAUCCACUCUCUCGGAUCUCGGCGAUCUUUAA